UGCUCUGCUCCUCACUGAACCCACCGUGCACAACCACCACCGUACAGCAGCAGCAGCCAGGCCCGGCAGGCGAAGAACGGAAGAACCUCUCCGCGUCGCUGCAACUGAUCACAGAGAAGAUACCCACCGGUCAUGGCUCCUGCCACGACGUCCUGUGCCGUCCUCCGCUUCGCCGCCGACGAAGCAGCCCCGCCGGAGACCAUGCACGUCGUGCAACUGCAGAGGCUCCGCCUUCGCCGCGCAGUGGAGGGAUGCCUCGACCCCAUCCCCGAGGAGCGCGACUACGCUGGCAGCAACAGCAGCAGUGGCGGCGAAGACGACGACGACGUCCCCGCCGGCUCGCCCAGCGCCCACGGCGGCAACAGCGCCACCGUCGACCUUGCUCAGUGUCUGUCGUCGAUAGGCCGGAGCUAUUAGACACAGUGUUUGGUAGUACUACUAGCAGAGUGGUGGUGUGUGUACUACGGUGGUGCAGUUCAUGUCGUGCGUGCUGUAAUUAGUGCAUGUCCAUCCAUGAAUUGAUGAUGCGAGCUGGUUACUUUGAUGCCGAGCAAUCGCGAACACUGCCUCAACAACUGUGCGAAUUUGCUUGGUUGUCAUACCAUUAAGUGGAGACUGAAAAUCUCAUUCUUGCCCUUUGCUCUGCUCUCUGAAUCUGAAAAAAAUACUCUGCUCGUUC